GCAGGCGGAAGUGAAAGGAGUGUUUUGUCGGAGCUGCGGUGACAUGAGCGCCUCCAGCUUGAACUCCGUCCUGCUGGACAUUUCCAACCAGCUUCAUGAGGACAACCUGGAGAAGCUGAAGUUCCUGCUCAGAGAUGUGAUCAAGAAGCAGAAGAUGGAGAAGAUCCACAGCGGACACCAGCUGUUCGAGGCUAUGGCGGAAAGAGGCCAGCUGGGAAGCGACAGGACAGACUUCCUGUCCAACCUUCUCAAGGAGAUUCACCGAGAAGAUCUGUCCGAGCAGCUGGACAGGCUGAAGGUCCGGACUGAGGUCCCCAGCGGCGGCCUCACUGACUCAGAGAGAGCUAAACUGGACGCCGCCACGCAGGUGAUCAGCCAGAAUCUGGGCAAGAACUGGCGCAAACUUGGACGCAAACUUGGACUGAGUGAGGCGAAGCUGGAGUCCAUCGCACUGCGGCAUCCCACCGACCUGGAGGAGACGGCCAUGGAGCUGCUGAAGGAGUGGAGGAAGAGCGGAGGAGCCGGGGCGCCCACUGACGAACUGCUGGCGGCUCUGAGGGGCGUUCAGCUCAACCUGACGGCCGACAAGAUACAAGAUAAACUGAGACAGGAGGGGCUGAUGGCAGCCGACUAGAGGCGGAGGACGGGGCCGACCCGGCCGCUUUUUAAAAACAUCUUAUCAGAUGAUGAGCAACUUUUGAUUUACAGAAAGGAUCCUGGAACCAUGAUGCAGAUGAUUGGGACUGAUUCAGAGGCAGAGAGGUUAGCAUGAUGGCGGUCCGCCUCCCUCUGAGGUCACAUGCUGUCGCUUUCAAAUCCAAUCAGAAAAAGUUAUUUUCAUGAUUCAUGCUGAUAAUAAAGAUUUGCUGGACCUCCUCUGAACCCAACAGGCUACAUAAGGAAAAUCUUUAUGAGAAAAUAACUAUCUUUAUGAUCAUUUAUUAAGUGUAUGUAAAACCUGUAAAAUCUAGAUGAAUGAAAAACUAUUGCUCACAAAAUGCAUCAGGGGAAUUUAAUAUUUAAUGCAGAAGUGAUCAUUUACUAAUAGCCUUUUUAUAUGGUAGGAAAAUGCUUUGUUCUAUACUCAGAUUCAACCAACUGGUUUUCUUUCAUUUCUCGUGCUGUUUAUGCCCCCAAACCCCCCCUGGUUUGGUGAAACCAGGGGGGGGGGGCAUCAUGUCAUAUAAUGAGUGAAGAACUUUCCGCCCUGUAUAAAUCUCCGCUGCCUUGUGCCCUGUCCCUUUCUUAUGACGUCAUCAUAUGGCAACGCCACUCGGACAAACUGUAUUUCACCCGUUACUUAAGAAUCGCAUCUCUUCUGGAGUCUCAACACAUUAUUACCCAUAUUUACUAUUAUUUGACAUUUCUUUGGUACCCGACAGUAGUUCCAGGAAAGUUAAAAACAAUCCGCUGGACUUUGUUCCCAAGUUUGAAGAUGUUUUGCUUCCCAU